GCCGUAUCGGUAGUGUGUUUGUGUAUCGCGGGCUUCACCUUGCUGCCCCGUUCAGUCGAAGAAUUAUUAAAUUUUAAGGGGUUCUACUGCGGUCUUGGAUCAUAGAGAGGCAUCCUAGAUAUUGUAGUGUUUGAUUGGUAAGGUAUUCUGCCCGUGAGCGUGCGGUUAAGUCCCCCCUAUUUCAAAAAAAGAAAAAGAUAUGUGAGUGAACGCGAGGCCAAGUGAGACGCCAUUUUGAAAACCGUCCCGUGUUUCCUUUUUGUUCCGAGAAGGGUUAGGACCGACGAUGUUUUGCUUCAGACUCGACGAAACGUGGCGAUAGAAGGAUAAAAUAAGUAAAAUAAAGAAUAAAAAGAAAAGAAAAAAGAGUACAGAACAUGGCCAGAGAAUCCUAUCUCUUGUUUAUAUGGAUGGUAGGAGUUUAUUGCAAGACAGAAGGGACUCAGCAAUGGCAACCUCAAGGAUUAUCCAUCGUGCAGGAUCUGAAAGGACCUCCAGACGCCCCUCUAGGAAGCGUGUAUGUCGUGGAAGCGAAGGACGCCCAGCAGGAGGAAGACAAAUCUUACGGAAAUUUUACCGAUAAAACAAAAGUAAAGCUACCCAGCCUGCCAUGCACUGUCAACACCGACUGCCUGCGGUGGAGUGACCCCCAGCUGGUCUGCCAACAGGGCCAGUGUACUUGCAAAGCCCCUUACUGCUGGGUGUACCAUCUGGAGACCUCUGGGUGGACUUCUCGAUAUGUCUUCACUUGUGGCACUUGUGGUAUUCUCGGAUCCUCCUGUAACUCCAGUAUCACCUGCAAUUACCCAGGGACGUGUUUCAAUGAUGGAUAUUGCCACUGCAGUAGGGGAGAGAACUUCAAUGAUAUCUGGUGAGUGUGUUC